AUGGAUCCUUUCAUUCUGCAGCCCUGCGUUCCUCUGUACUUGGACGGGGAAGAGAUCUGCUCUCCCGAGGCCGAAAGCAUGGGAGGCAGCGGCGGCGAGUGGUCUUCGUCGAUUAUCAGCGACACCCCCGUCACCGUCUACAGUAACAGAUCGGAAGCGACCACUGCUCCGCGGAAAGAAGGGAGAAAUAAGAACAUCUUCAUGUUCCGCAGCCAGAUACCGGCUCCGAGGAGCUUGCGGGGAGAAUGGACUCUGCCUUUUGAGGGGUGUGGAAAGUGGGGCUACAUCUCUGAGUAUGACAUAUUCAAAUACAGCAUAUUUACUAUUGAAGGCCUCAAUCCAGACCUUUUGACCCUACCAGAAAUACUCCAGAAGUGUCUAGUCAUUUUCAGACCUGUUGCAUCAAGUUCCAUAAGCAUGAGGGGAGGGGACCAACACGGACAUCAGUCCAGACUGAAAUCCAGUUCAGACGACACACGCAACAUGUUCAAGCUUGCACGGAGGCCUUUCAGUCAAUGUAAGAAGAUGGUUAAGGCGAGAGAUUGCUAUUCUGUCUUUUACAUCGCUACAAAGGGAGGACUAAAUGCCAAAAAAGAGAAAAGUUUUUUAAAAAAUGACGCUUUAAAACAGUUCGAGUAUCUUUGUGUUUACGGGGAGAAGGGAAUAACUGCGGCCGAGGCUCUGAAAAGAGACGGUCGCUUCGCCGAUGACCUGGGCUACUUUGAGCUGGUUAACAUCGACGACGAACGUAAGACUGAGUGCACAGACAUAAUUGAUUGUCUGGACAAUAAGAAAUUCCAGAUAUGUUUUCCACAGGGAGCAGAUACGGAUGUAGCCAUCCCAGGGCAGCAGAAACCUCCACACGCAUCAAAUAAUGCAAAGCGCAGCGGCGGAAUGACAUCGGUCUUAGAUGUAGCACGACAGAACGGAUUGAGUCUAACAACGUCAAUCAAAGAAACGGGCAGCAGCGUUGACCGUAAGGAGGUUUACGGUCUACUUUGUCGGCAGUACCCGCGUCUGAAACGAUGGAUGGAGAGUAGAUUCCCUAAAAAUUCUUUUCAGGAAGCACUGAAGUACAGGAAGGAGAGCUUUGGAAAGAGCCGGCAGCCUUUUACUGAAAUUCGCAGCGUUAUGUUGCUGCUUGAACUGAGCGAGUCAGUUUGUCUCAUAACCGGUUCCUUCAUAAAGCAAGGCACAGGCUUUGUGCUAUUUGACAACUUUGUCUUGACCAACGCCCGCUUAUUUGACUACUGGGUUAAAUCAAACACACCUAACUGGCGUGAAUUUGUAAACGUUACUGUGGUCUUUAACUUUGAAGACCAAGAAUCAGACAGGAACAACCUCAGCGCUAAGGUGUUCAUCGGCGACGAUAAGUUAGAUUGUGUCAUACUUAAGCUGGAAACAGAGAAAGUGCCGCCGGGGCUCCUUAAGAGAUUUGGGCCUGUACCUUCAGACGGCGAGGCCUGUGUCGUCGGACACCCGGGAGGAGGAGUGAAAAAAAUGAGUCCUACGUGGGUCGUGGAGAAAGAGAGGCGAGAGCAUGCUGAGAAUAAUGACAAUUUAGAAGACUGCGAGGAAUUUUGCAGUCUUUGUGAAAUCAAUCAGCAGAUCAAAAACGACCCGUAUGAAAAUAUCUACGUCACCUACAACACUCUCAUGUACCACGGCUCUUUCGGCUCCCCGGUUUUCGAUGCCGAGGGACGAGUGUUUGGUCUGCACAGCGGCGGGUUUUUCUACGGGUUUCCGAACCUUAGCGAGAAUGUGAUUGAGUACGCCUUUCCUCUGCUCACUAUAUUUGAAAACUUUGUGGAUAAUCUGAAGAAAGAUGGGUAUGGGGAGGUGUUGGAAAGAGUUGAGGAGGAAGCGAAGGGAAAUCCUCACCUAGAAAACAUUAUAGCCUCUGUUGUGGGGUCAAAGCAAGGCAAACCUGGCGCGUUGUUGCAGGAAGUUGAGAGUAAAACAGAUUCUGAGGAGAUGGCUGUGUAG